UCAUGGAUGCAAAAGGACUUUAAAAAAGAACGAAAGUGGAAAAUUGCUGCAGCAUUCCAUAUGAGUCGUUGGGUGAAAGCGUGGUUUCAAGCUGAAAAUAAGGCGGAUAGCCGAAUUCCUGGUAGAAGUACUCCUAUCCAUCACGCUAAUAUACUCGAAAGCCACGAGGAAGUGUCUUCGAGUGCUACGCCUGAUGGUGAAGUAAUUCAUAUAAAGUCAGAACCGGAUGAUGGAAUACAAGAUCUGAAUGAUCUUCCAGUAAAUCAAUCAAUGCUUUCUGACGAAGUAAUGAUUGAUGUUGAGUCAGUUGAUGAUGAUACGUCAACAAAGCCUGACGUUAGCCAAGCAAAUUUAAAGAGCAAUGAUUCUAUAAUAAUGCCACCUCCUAUAGCACCUACUGUUUUACUGACUUUACGGCAAAAAGUUAUCAAUUUACCAGCGGAUGCAUUUUUAUGUUGCUUAGAUGGACCAGAUGGUCAAGUUUAUGAUGUCGAUUCAAUAUUUCCAGAUUUACCUACAUAUGAACCACCACAACGGCCUUCUGACAAAGAUGUUUACUAUGAUAAUAUUCAUUGUAAUCGUGUAAUACCAAUUUCAAAGCACAUGUCGCAGAAAGCUGCAAGGAGAAGAGCUAUUAAAAAAAUGAGAACAGAAAAUGAUUGUAUAGAAGCAGUUGAUAAACCAGCUAGUUCGAUGCAGCUGUUUGCGCCACAACAACCUUAUGAGCAACAGUCUAAGAUUCAAGUCAAAGCUCCACGGCCAGAUCAAGAACCAUCUUAUGCAUGGUAUCCAGAGGAUGAUGAAUUGCUGAUGUCUUUAACGAAACAGUACCAAUACAACUGGGACUUGAUUGCUGACGCGUGGAAUUCUCUUCGCGGUAUUCUUACUGGUUAUCCAAGGACCCCAUGGGCUUGUUUUAAUCGUUGGACACAAAAAGAUGAUAUGUCUCAAUUUGAUUAUCAAGAAUGGACAGAGGACUCGAAUAGUAUAUUAACCCCUGAUGUCAAUGAAGAUCCCACUUUAUCUAUAGCUGGUUCUUCUACAAUAUCUAACAGACCAAAAAGAGAUGUGCCAAAAAAAAUACCAAGGCCAGAAAUUAUUAAGCAACGUCGAAAUUCUAAUUUAAUGGAAGCGAUGAGGAGAUCAGCGAAGAAACGACAGGAUGCAGCUAUGAAACAAGGGCAAGUUAAAAAGACAAUAGACCAAUCUAUUCCAUUCGUAAAUAAAGUUCUGUCUCCGAUUGAAUUGAGUAGAAUAAAAUCAGAGCAAGAACGGCAAGUACAAGCAGCUUUAUUAGAACAACGUCAAGCUGCAGCGCUUGCAUAUCAAGCACAUCCUAUGAUAAUGCGACCACAGGCUCCCACAGGAAUGUCUUACAGACCACACGUUGCUACCGCAAAUCAAAUUCAAGCUCUCGUUAUGCAUCAACAACGCGCUGCUAUUGCGCAACAACGUAUACCUACUCAACCGAUAACACAGGCUGCUGUUAUGGCUCAAGCGCAAGCGCAAUCGAUCCACGUACAGCACUUUUAUAAUCAGCAGCUUCGGGUUCAACAAGCCCGUGUUGCGCAAGCUAUGUUGCAGCAAAAUAAUCACACAACAGGUCUCCCAAGCCAGUCUCUUCCAUCACAACAGCUUGCGCAGCAAUCACCAUCUCAACCUCCGCAACAGCCGGUUCCGCAAUCGCAG